AUGCUCUCCGCCGGGGAACGCCCCCAGCCUCCACACGCUCCUAAAGUAAACUCGACCUCAGUGCCCGUGAGCAAGGCGCACAUCAUGCCCGAUCUCACCAACGGAGCCUCCCUGCAUGAGCCCAAGAAUGCGAAUGCGCAAACGCAACAUAUCUGGGUAGUAACCGGGCCAGCAGGGUGUGGAAAGAGCACAGCAGGCAACGUACUGCGCAAGCACCUAGGCGUUCCAUUCCUAGAAGGCGACGACUAUCACCCAGCAGCAAACAAAGAAAAAAUGGGCCAAGGCAUCCCCUUAACAGACGAAGACCGCUGGGACUGGCUCAUUUCCCUCCGCCAAGCCGCAAUCGAAGCCCUCUCCCCCAGCGAAGCAAACAACAACCACCCCCCAGCCGGCGUGGUCGUGGCCUGCUCAGCACUGAAACAAAAGUACCGCGAUGUGAUGCGCGUUGCCGCCUACGGCUCGCCCAAUGUGCAGAUCCACUUCGUUUACCUGAAGCUCGAUGAGAAGGUCCUUUUUCAGCGGGUUACGCAGCGCCAGUCGCACUAUAUGAAGAGUAGUAUGGUGCAGUCACAACUUGCGGCGCUUGAGGAGCCCAAGGGCGAGUGGGAUGCUAUCACGAUUAAUGUUGAGGGGUCUAUGGAGGAUGUGCAGAGGAAUGUUAUUCAGGCUGUUUCCGAGAAGCUUGCGGAGUAUGAAUGA